AUGGCGGGGGUGUUGAGGCGUCUAAAACCCGCCUCGCGCGAAUGGCUCGCGCUGGGCCCGACCCUUCUUUGGGGGGGGCUGUCUAUGGUCGAAGUCGCCGCGACCACAACGGAUGUCAUGAUCCGCUGCCAAUUAAUCGGCCUCGCAUUGGUGGUGUUUAAGGCUUGGCAGGCCAUCACGGAGGAUCCGCGUACCGCGCCGCACUGCGCGCUGGAGGUUUUAGACCAGCUUCGCGCGGAGGUCUUCGAGAAGGCGAACGCAGGGGAGCAGGCCGCCGCGAUCGAGGAGAUCCUCGAGGAGAUUGAAGAACGGUAUGACGCGGCGGGGGAGGCGCCGUGCGUGGAUUUUGAUCCCGCGGAGCUGGCGAAUUUCCCGCCCUAUAUCGGUUAUGUGGGUCGCUGGCUGUGGAGCAUGGCGGCGGUGGAUCAGCUGUACGAACACAGGAAGCAACAGCUUCAACACUUGAGCAACGAUAUCAGGCCUUGUCUAAACAACUUUGAUUGA